UUUUGAUCAUCAAAAUAGCUAAAAAUCAGUCGCACUUGUAGUGUGGCGUACUACUAGAUAAAAAAAUGCUGCCGCGGUUAAUCUUUGUGGUUGCUUUGGCUGUGAUCUUCUGCGGAGUUGUUUUUGGGGCUCCAAAACCGUUCAAAUCAGAAAAGGAUUUCGAAAAUGCGAUUGUUCAGUUCCUAUCACAAGAUAUUGAAUUUCUCAAUACCCUAGAGAAAGCAGCAAUGAUAGAGCCCCACUCGUUCAGGCACCGUCGUCAAGCUGAAGUGGACAGCAUGGACAUCGACAACACCACCGAUGAGGUAGACCAACAGGGAGGCGACGGAUUCUUUGACAGGGCGGCAAAGUUUGUGGUCGACCUUCUACAGAGGUUUCUCAAAUGGAUUAAUUCGUCAGAUAAUUAAGGAGGGGGCUAGUCAGGUGGCCAAGUGGAUAUUUAACAGCUGAUACAAUGUACAGUCCGGAGCAAAAAUAAUUGGGAAGCUUUCUCUCAACGUUGAGGGAAAAUAGUAGAAUCGGCAAUACCGCAGAUGUCAAAAGACUGACAAGGUCUACCCCUAGGAUCAUCUCAUUGAGAUAUGACCGUCUUCUCAAUAAUAGCGAGAAAUUGAGGUAAGCAAAAUUUCGACCGAUUUCGAUCGAUCUUUCAACAGCGUUAUAAGUCAUUUACAUUCACACAUUGUUGCCACUUAUUUUAUUUUCUCUAAGAAGGGGAGAAUGCCGUGCAACGACUAUUGCUCUUGAUUGUACAUAAAGCUGUAUGCGGAUAUCUGUUUAUAUGUACAGGUUAAGUGUAGCUCAAAAUUGUGAUUUUAUGAUGAUAAUGAAAUGUAUGAUUACAUACGAAUAAAGUCUUUGUUAUAUAUCGA